AUGACCCAUCGCUGCAGGAGAUCCUCCGGUCUCUGGAAGAUUGUGGUGUGGGAUGAGGCUUUCUUCCAGGGCAAGAAGCACGAGUUCACUGCCGACUGCUGCAGCACGCCGGAGUACGGCUUCAGCACUGUUGGCUCCUGCAAGAUCGAGAGCGGGGCGUGGGCAGGCUUUGAGCACAGUGGCUUCCAGGGGCAGCAGUUUGUGCUGGAGCGUGGCGAGUACCCAUGCUGGGAGGCAUGGAGCGGCAGCAACGAAAAAAAGAUGUACCCAUGCGGGGAGGCAGGGAGCGGCAGCAACGCCUACCACGUGGAGAGGAUGUGCUCCUUCCGCCCCAUCGCCUGCGCCGACCAUGGGCACAGCCGGCUGAUGGUCUUUGAGCAGGAGAAUUUCCAGGGCAGGCGGGGGGAGCUGAGC